GCCAUAUUCAAACACCUAGAUCACUACCACUUCUACACAGGCCACUCGAGCUUGUGAUCGCACUCCGCUAAGGGGGCGCCUCUUCCUCUUCGUUUCAGUCACAACCCGCAAACAUGCGUGAGAUCGUCCACAUCCAGGGUGGCCAGUGCGGCAACCAGAUCGGUGCCAAGUUCUGGGAGGUCGUCUCCGACGAGCACGGCAUCGACCCCACCGGCACCUACCAUGGCGACUCAGACCUGCAGCUGGAGCGCAUCAACGUGUACUUCAACGAGGCCACCGGUGGCCGCUACGUGCCCCGCGCCAUCCUGAUGGACCUGGAGCCUGGCACCAUGGACUCCGUCCGCUCGGGCCCCUACGGCCAGAUCUUCCGCCCGGACAACUUCGUGUUCGGCCAGACCGGUGCCGGCAACAACUGGGCCAAGGGCCACUACACCGAGGGCGCUGAGCUGAUUGACUCCGUGCUGGACGUCGUCCGCAAGGAGGCUGAGAGCUGCGACUGCCUGCAGGGCUUCCAGGUCUGCCACUCUCUGGGUGGCGGCACCGGCUCCGGCAUGGGCACCCUGCUGAUCUCCAAGAUCCGUGAGGAGUACCCCGACCGCAUGAUGCUGACCUUCUCGGUCGUGCCCUCGCCCAAGGUGUCCGACACGGUGGUGGAGCCCUACAACGCCACCCUGUCGGUGCACCAGCUGGUCGAGAACGCCGAUGAGUGCAUGGUCCUGGACAACGAGGCCCUGUACGACAUCUGCUUCCGCACCCUGAAGCUGACCACCCCCACCUUCGGCGACCUGAACCACCUGAUCAGCGCCGUCAUGUCGGGCAUCACCUGCUGCCUGCGCUUCCCCGGCCAGCUGAACGCUGACCUGCGCAAGCUGGCGGUGAACCUGAUCCCCUUCCCCCGCCUGCACUUCUUCAUGGUCGGCUUCACCCCCCUGACCAGCCGCGGCAGCCAGCAGUACCGCGCCCUGACCGUCCCCGAGCUGACCCAGCAGAUGUGGGACGCCAAGAACAUGAUGUGCGCCGCCGACCCCCGCCACGGCCGCUACCUGACCGCCUCGGCCCUGUUCCGCGGCCGCAUGUCGACCAAGGAGGUGGACGAGCAGAUGCUGAACGUGCAGAACAAGAACUCUUCGUACUUCGUCGAGUGGAUUCCCAACAACGUCAAGUCGUCCGUGUGCGAUAUCCCGCCCAAGGGCCUGAAGAUGUCCGCCACCUUCAUCGGCAACUCGACCGCCAUCCAGGAGAUGUUCAAGCGCGUGUCCGAGCAGUUCACUGCCAUGUUCCGCCGCAAGGCUUUCCUGCACUGGUACACCGGUGAGGGCAUGGACGAGAUGGAGUUCACUGAGGCCGAGUCCAACAUGAACGACCUGGUGUCCGAGUACCAGCAGUACCAGGACGCCUCCGCCGAGGAGGAGGGCGAGUUCGAGGGCGAGGAGGAGGAGGCCUAAAUGCCGGCACCUCCAUGCGCCACUGAACGUGUAGCGUGACUGUGGCGGCCUUGGCAGUUUUGACCGUGACUGACCCUGGACAAAGGAUCCCUGACUGAAGACAACUUGACAUGUGAUUGCCAUUUGACGCUUUGGUGUGGAGGCGGAUUGUGAGAUGGGAGGGGGGCCCAUUGCCUUCGUGACCAUAACGACAUCGAAUUUCAUACAUGUGAACAGUUCAGCAUGGACAUUCAUCUCGUCGGAUUAGCUCUUGUGUGAUAGGCCAUAGCAGCUGGACUGUUGUGAGCUCUCGAUCUGCGUAGCUACUGGCUGUGAUUGUGCUUCAGGCGGCAGGGGCAGGUAACUGCCCUGAACGUAAAGGUGCAGCAGCAGACAGCGGAUGUGCAGAACGAAUAGCGCAGUGGAUAAGGUUGAUGGGUGGCCACACACUCGUGCACGUGUAAUAAGAUACACGA